UUUUUAAGAAUUAAAGGUUGUUUAUAAAAAAUAUUAAAGAUUUUAAUGGAAACCCGUUUAUUUAUUAAAGAAUAUAACAGCUUUUAUAAGGAAAAUAAGGAGAAACUUAAAUCUUUAUGUAUUCAUUUAGAGGAUUAUACAAUAAAUAUAGUAACAUUAGAAGAAAAAGAAAUUUUAGUUGAAUGGUCAAUAUUAGGAUGGACAAUUAUUAGUGUAGCAGGAAAAACAAAUGGUUUUAAGAAAAAGACAUAUGAGAGCCUUGAAACACUUCUGAAGAAUGUUAGUUUGGCGUUUGAUGAGCAAUGGAUUGGUAAUUUAUUAAAAAAGUUAUUAAAAUAUGAAAAAAAGACGAGAUAUCAAACUAUGUAUGAUAAUUAUAUUUAGAAAGGAUAAAACAAGACGAAUUAUGUUUUUAAGGAAUGAUAAUAA